UUCAUUGAGCCGUUUCUGGAAGUGUAUGGACUGAAACGAGUGAGUAAAAUCGGUUAUUUACAGUCACACCUGGCGGCGCUUUAUUAUGAAAUUAUGAAUAAAUUCGUGCCAAGUCUAUGUUCAGGUUGGACAGUUGGCUUCUCAAAUCGUAAGCUUCGUCUUUUACUGGAUUUUGUACCUCAAUAUGAGCAAGAGGAAGCUCUGGAACGAGUUUUAUGCUGGCACCAAGAAAAUCGAGGAGUUAAACGUGCUACUAUUCCACCAAACUCUCGUCGUCCGAAGAUGGGCUGA